CGCCGCUCGCCCCGCUGCUAGCCAUGCAGAGCUACCCCCAGUCCGUCAGCAUCAACAUGCAGCCCCACGGCUGGAACGGGGCAGGUUCCCCGGCCACCGCCUUCGGCCCCACCAUCACCUCUUUUGUUCAGCCGCAGCCCGUCCCCAACCCCCAGGACUUUGUGCUCUGGUCCUUCUUCAACGCCAUGUUCUGCAACCCCUUCUGCCUGGGCUUCAUCGCGCUCAUCUUCUCCAUUAAGUCCAGAGACGGGAAAAUCGCCCACGAUCCAGCAGCUGCCAGCAGCUACGGGAGGACGGCGAAGCACCUGAACAUCGCCGCGCUCUGCCUGGGCAUCGUGGGGACCAUCAUCUGUAUCGUGGUGCUGGUCAUGUACUACAACAGCCUGCGGGUGGGCAGCCACUUCUAACCCUGUCCCACCCAGCAGCAGCCUCGCUUUUCCUUCCCUUCCACCCCACUCAGCCGAAACCCACCCAGGAAGACACGGCGGCUCCGAUGGGACCUUCCUCCCCACUCCCACCGGGCCCGGGGGGACCUCAGGCACCCUCCUGGUGCGCCCUGGCUGAGACCAGCGCUCUUCACCAUGAACACGUGGGGUGAGCUCACAGCAAAUAAAGCUCUGUGCCCACCCUUCUCCUUGGAAAUGUCGCACUUUGGGGUUUUGGGAGAUGUUAUUCCCCG